GAUGGCUGCUUCGAUGCUUGCGGCUGCGGAGGACGGGCGGCUGGAGAGCGCUUUGUCGGAGCGGAUGCGCAAGGGAGUGGGUGCCAGCAUACUUGCGGCUGCAGAGGAUGGCCGGCUAGAGCAAGUGUUGGUGACAUCCGAGAAGAAGAUGCAGCAUACAGAGCAGGUCCGUCAGAAGGCUGCCGCCACCCUGCUAGCUGCCGCAGAGGACGGCAUGCUCGAGCAGGUGCUGGAAUCCCAGCGCAAGGCGAGCGAGCAGAAGAACCUUGAGCGGGAGCGGGUGCGACUGAAGGCGGGGGCAAGUCUCUUGGCUGCCGCGGAGAACGGAAGGCUGGAGCAGGUGCUGUCAUCUGAGCAGCAGAAGAGCGAGCAGAAGAAGCUUGAGCGGGAGCGGGUGCGCCUGAAAGCUGGAGCAAGUCUCUUGGCUGCUGCGGAGAACGGAAGGCUCGAGCAGGUGUUGGCGUCGGAGCAGCAGAAGAGCGAGCAGAAGAAGCUCGAUAGGGAGCGGGUGCGCUUGAAAGCCGGAGCAAGUCUGUUGGCUGCCGCAGAGAGUGGAAGGCUUGAGCAAGUGCUGACCUCCGAACAGAAGAAGAAAGAUGUUGAACGGGUACGGAUGAAAGCAGGAGCGAGCCUCUUGGCGGCUGCUGAGAGUGGGAGGUUGGAGCAAGCGCUGGAUGCAGCACAGAAGAAGAAAGACCUUGAGCGGGUGCGCAAAGCAACCGGAGCAAGCUUGUUGGCAGCGGCCGAGAGUGGAAGGCUAGAGGAGGUAUUGACAGAAAAGGGCCGCGAGCUGGAGUUGGAGCGAGUGCGCAAGAAGAUUGCCGACGGUUUGCUGUUGGCGGCAGAUGAUGGUUCGCUUGAAGAGGCUCUUUCCCGUACCAUGCAGAAGGGGAAUGACAAGAAGAUGGAGGACAUCCGCAGCAGGAUGGCUGCCAGCCUGCUUGAAGCAGUGGAGAAUGGCAGCUUGGAGCAGGCUUUCCAGGAGAGCGGACAUGCUUUGAAAGGCCAAGAGGCCUUCCAGGAUACCGCAUCCACGGCACUCACCGGCUUGCCGUCCGACAUGCAGCGCACCAACGUGGUUGCCUUGGCCAAUCAGACAGCCAAGAGCCACCUGGUAGGCAUGCGGCAAGAGGCACCGCAGGGAGCCGCUGCAGUGCAGCGUGCCUUGAUGCAGUACGAGCGAAGGAUAGGCAGCCUCACAGCGGCGGUGAAGCAGGCUGAGCGGGGUGUGAUGGAGCGCAUUGCGGAAGCUAACUCGCUUGAGGUAGCGCUCGCUGAGGCACAGGCCAAGCUGAGGAUGGUGAAGCGG